AUGCUCUCAAAAGUUAAUAGCCUCAAUCAACCAAAGAUCAACCGAUUGACGCGUAUAGAAAAUAGUAAAACCGAACGUGAACACGGAACCGGCUUUUUGUUUGAUGCUGUAGACAUCGGUUCAAUUGAUAUAGCAUCAUACGCACAACGCAAUUGUUCUGCUGCCGCUAUCGCAACACGAAAGCAUAAUUUACUUCGUGACAAAAAUUGGGCCGGGACAGCCUCAUCUGAUCCUUGUCCGUCGUGCGAUCACUCAUCAAAUAUGCAUCUGCCUGAGAAAGAAACGCAUGAAAUAAUAGCUGACCAUUGCGUGACGGAUCAGUAUAAACAGACAGAGAGUAGCGAUGAACAACAUUCCUUAAUACCAACCAUGUACAGACAUGAAUUAGACGCAAGUGUAUCUGAGCGCGAACGGCCAAGUAACUCGCAAAUUGACAAUUUACGCGAAACUAUCGAUCUUCCUGACGAGGAAAUCACAGCUGUAAACUCUCUUUCUCCUAUGCUUCGCAGUGAUCAUCAUCCCUCAACGCAAUCGUUAGGCUGGCAUCAUUUCUUAAACUCGCCAUCCAUAUCACCGAGUACUGGCGACGUACCGAGCGUUUAUAACUACGAAUUAGAUCAAGACGAGCAAAACAAAGUUCUCUCUCCUGUGAAGAAGCCGGAACAGAGAUUGAAUGCGAAACAAUAUCCACACUCGAUCAGUGAUCGCGAUAGCCAGUUUCACAUGGUAGAAUCAAGUUCGAUUGCAAUUAGCGCACCUUUCUCACUUGACAAGGAUUCUGUCGAGACAUCCAGUAAUGAUUUUAGUAAGACGGCCAAUAUAUUCGAUUUGGACGAUAGCAGAGAUGACGACAGUACAAGUUACUUUACACAAGAGCCAACUAGCAAUAAUGUUUUUUCAACACAUUCAACGAUCAGCGACGAAAGCCUCACAGAAAGCAUAUAUUCAACAGACAGAACUUGUAAUAUCAUAGGACAACGUAGCAAAAUAGGUACUUCUCAUGAUAAGGAAUCGAUCAAUGAUCGACUUUGCAAAUUGGAGGCCAAGGACGCAGAACUUGAACAUGAGCUGGAAAACAUGAAAAGAAUUGUAAGACAGAUAAUGGACGACAUGAAGAAUACCCAAGGGAAUUCAUUUUCUGCUGAAGAGUUGCCCAAAGCUAGAAUAAUACAAGAGUCUAGUGACAGCCUACUCUGUCAGGAAGAUCAUGACGGAACCGCCAACAAGUCCCGAACCGCGCUACAGAAUGCACAAUUACUUCCCGCGAAUAAUGAUGAUAAUGAUGAUAGCAUGGUUCCGUCUGAUGUGAACACGAGUCCGUAUGAUCUAACCGGAAAUUUAUUUUCGCGCGUAAGGAAUAUACAGCAACACUUAUUUGGUAUAGUGCAUGCAAGAGACAGAAUGUUGUUAAAGCCAAAUGAAACGGAUGCACCCGAAAUCUCACCUGAUUUACAACCCGACGUUUUGUCCGUAGUAGGACAAACAGAGUUGUGA